GUGGACAUGUCGGGUACAGCUAAGACUUAUCCACUACGUGAUUGGACCACUCAGGAGCCGCCACGGGCGGAACUGCUGGAACCACUUGCAGGAUCCAAAGACGGGGACUUGCGAUCUCGACGUGUGACACUAACCCGUUUGAAUUCUUCAUUUCCAUCCUGUGCAUCUUCUUUUUCAUCUUCAUUCUUGUAUUACUGGCUACUCUUGUAUUGGAUUCCAACUCUCGCUCUUCAUUACAAAGUCACCCCUUAAGCAGACCACAAGCAUGAGCGCUUCAGCCACUGUCGCAAGACGGGCUGUCGUCCUUAACCCCUUUUCAGGUCCAGGACGAGCGAUCCCAAGAUCAGCUUUCCAAGCCGCUUCGGCGCAGCUUGUGCGAAACUCCAGAGGCCGCGCGCUCCGCAAUCCCGCCGUUGCCAUCUUGAUCCCUGUCCGGCACUUGGCAACCGAUACUCACACUCAUUCGGGGCCGCCAUCCGGCCCGCCGCCGGGCUUCAACGUCGAGGAGGCUAAGAAACCCCUUUCGAAACAAGCCGACGCGAACAAGCCGACGACGUCCAAGGAUUCCGCUGUGAAAACGGCGGCGGAGAAGGAGGCAGGCCUGAGCUCGGAUGCCGCACGCCUGACUCAGCUGGACGCGUCCGGGGAGGUGGCUGUCGACAAGAAGGAUGGCAAGAAGGAGGAGAAGAAGCUCACUGUGGCGCAGAAGAUCAAGAGGGAGGCACAACACUACUGGGACGGAACCAAAUUGCUGGCGACCGAGGUCAGGAUCAGCUCUCGGCUUGCCCUAAAGAUGGCAGCCGGCUAUGAGCUCACAAGGCGCGAACACCGACAACUUCAGCGAACAGUUCAGGAUCUUGGGCGCUUGGUGCCUUUCUCAGUCUUCGUCAUCGUCCCCUUUGCCGAGCUGCUCCUCCCGGUCGCGUUGAAGCUCUUUCCCAACAUGCUUCCAAGCACCUAUGAGGGCCAGAAGACCAAGGACCAAAAAGCCUCUACCCUUCGGGCUACUCGAAAGGAAGUGAGCGGGUUCCUGCGCAAGACCCUCAGGGAGACGGGGUUGCCCCUGACCCCUGCCACGACUCAAAAGGAGGAGUUCACCAACUUCUUCCGGAAGGUUCGGGCGACCGGAGAAAAGCCCACGGUGGACGACGUGAUCACGGUGUGCAAGAUCUUCAAGGAUGAUGUGACUCUGGACAACUUGUCACGCCCGCAGCUCGUUUCCAUGUGCCGAUACAUGAACCUGAACACGUUCGGCACGGACAUGAUGCUUCGGUACCAGAUUCGCCAUAGGAUGCGACAGAUCAAGCGCGACGACCGGGUCCUCAGCUACGAGGGGGUUGACAGCCUGACCGUCUUGGAGCUGCAGACGGCUUGUGCCAGCCGUGGCAUCCGCACCCAUGGUGUAUCGCCGGCGAAGUUGAGGGAUGAUCUCCAGACCUGGCUGCAUCUCAGACUCAGGGAAGGCGUCCCAUCAACGCUCUUGGUGCUGAGCAACGCCUACAUGUACGGCCAGUCGCAGAGUGAGGACGAGAUCACCAACCAGAUCGACACGCUGACCCAGGUCUUGUCAUCCAUCCCGGAGGAGCUGUUCCACGAGAUCGAGCUGGAGGUGCACAAUGCCGAGGGCGCAGCGACUAACAAGCAGCGUCUCGAAGUGGUCAAGGAACAGGAGGAGCUGAUCGAGGAGGAGAACGAGCAGAACCAGGAGAACCAGGAGACCGGAUUCGCCACGCCGAGGGAUACGGAGAAUAUCGACGAGAAAGAAGAAAGGCAGAUGCAGGCGCAAGAUGCGGGAGUGGAGAAGGCCCAGGUCAGCGAGGCCGUGGACGCCGAACACGACCAGCUCGACGCCAAGCAGCAGGCGCCGGUUGACAAACCGGCCAAGAGCGCCGAGAAAUAGCUUACCUCAAACCUGGGGAUUUUUCCUUUGUGAUGUGACAUUACGGAACCGGGGGGAUUUUGCCCUGCCCCAAGGGAGGGGUUAGAGGUGAAGAUACACUCAGGGAUUCAGGAGUAUCAGGGACACCAGCAAUGGAGCUUAGACCAAACAUCUCGACACAGGAACUGCUCAUAGACCAAAUCCAGUCACAUAUUAGCAUCAUUCCAACGGCGAACACUUGACCAUGCAUUCAGACCACGUAAAAGGGGGAAAAUGUGUAAAUUCCACCGAGGAUGUCAGUUCAGCAGGAUGGCUGGUGCCUCUGGGUACUUGGUCCCUAUUCCCAAACUCUCUCUCA